AUGAGUGUCGGCUCCCCUUGUGUUCUCUGCUCAGCAAAACAAAGGAGAAAAAUGUUAGAUUCAAGAUUAGGCCAAUGGUUAAAACUUCUGGUUUCUCUGCUGUUAUUGCUGAAAACACAAGGGGUUUAUGUAGGAAUUACCUAUGUAAAGAAUGCGGUGGCGAAAGGAGCUGUUUGUUUGGAUGGAAGCCCACCGGCUUACCACUGGGAUAAAGGGUUUGGUACAGGCAUUAACAGUUGGUUGAUAAAUUUUGAGGGAGGAGGAUGGUGCAACAAUGUCACAACCUGCCUUUCCCGUAAGAAAACUCAUUUAGGUUCAUCUAAGCUAAUGGGACAGAAAAUUGCUUUCUCUGGGAUUAUGAACAACAAGCGACAGUUUAAUCCAGAUUUUUACAAUUGGAAUAGAGUUAAGAUCAGAUACUGUGAUGGGUCAUCAUUUACUGGUGAUGUGCAGGCUGUCAAUCCUGCUACUAAUCUUCACUUCAGAGGAGCUAGGAUUUGGCUUGCUGUCAUGGAGGAUCUAUUAGCUAAAGGAUUGAAAAACGCUGAAAAUGCUCUUCUUUCUGGCUGUUCAGCUGGUGGAUUGGCUUCCAUUUUGCAUUGUGACAGUUUCCAUGCUCUUCUACGUAUGGGUACUAAAGUAAAAUGCCUUUCAGAUGCUGGUUAUUUUAUCAACGUGAAGGAUGUAUCUGGAGCCCCGCAUGUACAGUCCUACUUUAACCAGAUCGUGACAUUACAUGGAUCAGCAAAAAAUUUGCCUCUGUCCUGUACUUCAAGACUGAAACCCUCACUUUGUUUCUUCCCACAGUAUGUGGCCCCACAAGUACGGACUCCACUUUUCAUUCUAAAUGCAGCAUAUGAUUCAUGGCAGAUAAAAAACAUUUUGGCACCGAGUAUUGCUGAUCCCCGUGGAGCCUGGAACAGCUGCAAGCUUGACAUAAACAACUGCUCACCUCUUCAACUGAAAGCUAUGCAAGAUUUUAGGUUGCAGUUUCUGAAUGCGUUGAAUAGAGCAACCAACUCUUCAUCUAGAGGAUUGUAUAUAGACUCUUGCUAUGCCCACUGCCAAACUGAAACACAGGCAACAUGGUUCACGGCAGACUCCCCAGUGCUUGCUAAAAUGAAAAUUGCAAAGGCAGUUGGAGAUUGGUUUUAUGAUCGGAAUCCAUUCCAAAAGAUAGAUUGUCCUUACCCUUGCAAUCCAACUUGCCAAAACAAUGGUUUGGCUCCGCCAAACAACCCAGAAAAGAGACCGCCAAAUGGCUCUGCAGCAUCAGUGAAUAUGAGUUUGUUAUUGUGUGGGUUACUAAUGCUAAUUGGAGUGAUGUUGGAAAUGACUGAUUCAAGAUUACGCCAACGUUUAAGUGUUAUAGUUUGUCUGCUGAUAUUGCUCAAAACAGGAGGAGUUUCUGUAGAAAUUACUUAUGUCAACAGUGCAGUGGCCAAAGGAGCUGUUUGUUUGGAUGGAAGCCCUCCAGCUUACCACUUUGAUAAGGGAUUUGGUGAAGGGAUUAACAAUUGGUUGAUUCAGAUUGAGGUUAGUCCUUCGGUUUCGCCCACUUUGUUGGAACCCCAAGAGAGCUCAGCUCGCUACUUUGUUUCUGUGUUUUUGGCCAUGGAUUCUCAGGAGGGAGCAUGGUGUAAAGACAUCAAGAGUUGCCUUUCUCGUAAGAACACUGCUUCAGGUUCAUCAAAGAAAAUGAAAAAGCAAAUGGGAUUUUCUGGGAUACUAAGCCGACAGCAAAAAUCUAAUCCAGACUUCUACAACUGGAACAGAAUUAAGGUUAGAUACUGUGAUGGAUCGUCCUUCACCGGCAAUGUGGAGGUGGUUGACCCUGUUACUAAUCUUCACUUCAGAGGAGCAAGGGUUUGGCUGGCUGUUAUUGAGGAUUUACUAGCUAAAGGAAUGAAAAAUGCUCAAAAUAAUGCUAAAGUAAAAUGUAUAUCAGACGCUGGAUUUUUCAUUCAUGAGAAAGAUGUUUCAGGACAGCAGCGGAUCGAAACUUUCUAUAACGAAGUUGUCGCGACUCACACAAUUGCAAAGGCAGUUGGAGAUUGGUUUUAUGAACGGAGGAAUGUCCAUAUGAUUGAUUGCGUGUGCCCUUGCAAUCCAACCUGCCACAAAAUUGUUUCUGAUUCCCUACUAGAUGAAGAGGAAGAUGAAGAUGAAGAACAAGAAGUAGAGAUCGAUUGA